CUAUGGUCGACGAGGUCGUGGCCGACACCUUCGAGCUGGAGACCUCGGCCCCGGGGGUCGAGUGCCAGAACACCCCUGGCUGGGCUAACGGCUGGUCGGCCUGCGCUUACCAGCAGGACGGCCACAACCCGAAGUUGUGCAGGCCCAUUGUUGCGGGUGCCCCCUGGCCCAACACGCGAGGCUGGACCUGCGCGGCGUACCGGGAGAAGGGCUGGUGCGCGAAUGGCACGGCGGUGGGCAUACCUUGGUGGGCCAGGGGUGGCUACCCGUCGCGGAAUUGCUGCUCCUGUGGCGGCGGCAAGGUCAUAGCCGACGAGUCCAAGGCGGAGAGCCCACCAUCGACGAGGCCCGCCGCCAUCUGCCAGGCGGACACUGGGGGCACGUGCGGCUUCACGUCCUCGUGCCACAGCUUCCGGGGGGAGCCGGCGGCGCGCGCCGCGGGGGGUCGCGCGCGGGGGCCGCCGUCGGAGACGGCGGGGGCCUUCUGA